CUUUCAGUCCGUGUUUAGGCUUCAACUCGGCGGGGGGGAUUCAGAAGCCGUCAGUGUGUGGAGGAGUGACCCGGGGAUUUCAUGAUUACCGCAUGACGGGGAAAAGCCUGGGGACUGCACGGGUCGGAGGGUUGUCCUUGAAGCAUAUACCGGGUGGAUCGUGAGACGUUGAGUCGUGAACAGUUUUGCCAUUUAAAGUGGACAGUCUUUGCGAUUGCACGAUGCCGGUGUUUCACACGAAAACCAUUGAGAGCAUCCUGGAGCCUGUGGCUCAGCAGAUAUCUCACCUGGUCAUCAUGCAUGAGGAGGGAGAAGUUGAUGGCAAAGCGAUUCCUGAUCUCAGUGCUCCCGUGGCCGCUGUACAGGCAGCUGUUAGCAACCUUGUGCGGGUUGGGAAGGAAACUGUUCAGACAACAGAAGACCAGAUUAUGAAGAGAGACAUGCCUCCAGCCUUUAUUAAGGUGGAGAAUGCUUGUGCCAAGUUGGUAGAAGCAGCUCGGAUGCUAAGGACAGAUCCGUAUUCUGUCCCUGCUCGAGAUUACCUUAUCGAUGGCUCUCGUGGCAUCCUCUCAGGCACAUCAGACCUGCUACUCACCUUUGAUGAGGCAGAGGUGCGUAAGAUCAUCCGUGUCUGUAAGGGCAUCUUGGAGUACUUGACAGUAGCAGAAGUGGUGGAAAGCAUGGAGGACUUGGUCACAUACACUAAAAACCUGGGACCAGGGAUGACAAAGAUGGCAAAGAUGAUCGAUGAACGGCAGCAGGAGCUGACACAUCAGGAGCACCGCAUGAUGUUGGUCAACUCCAUGAACAUGGUGAAGGAGCUGCUGCCUGUGCUCAUAUCAGCUGUAAAAAUCUUUGUAACCACCAAGUGUGCCAAGAGCCAUGGCGUAGAGGAAGCCAUGAAGAACAGGAACUACACCUUUGAGAAGAUGAGUGCUGAGAUCAACGAGAUCAUCCGAGUUCUGCAGCUGACAUCCUGGGAUGAAGAUGCCUGGGCCAACAAAAAGGACACAGAAGCGAUGAAGAGGUCACUGGCACUGAUUGAGGCCAAGAUGAAUCAGGCUAAAGCCUGGCUCAGAGAUCCUAAUGGCCUACCAGGGGCAGCAGGUGAGCAUGCUCUGCGUCAGAUUUUGGACGAGGCCGGGAAGGUGGGAGAGCUGUGUGCUGGGAAGGAGAGGAGGGAGAUCCUAGGAACGACUAAGUCUUUGGGACAGAUGACUGAUCAGGUGUCGGAUGUGCGAGCCAGGGGUCAGGGGCCGACUCCCAUGGGCAUGCAGAAGGCUCAGCAGGUGGCACAGGGUUUGGACAUCCUAGUGGGGAGAGUGGAGAAUGCUGCUCGUAAACUGGAGGCUCUGAGCAAUGCUAAGCAGGCUAUUGCUAAGAGGAUAGAUGCUGCUCAGAGCUGGCUCGCUGAUCCUAAUGGAGGUCCUGAAGGAGAGGAAAAUAUCAGAGCUCUGUUAGCCGAAGCCAAGCGCAUCGCUGAUCUGUGUGAGGACCCCAAAGAGAGAGAUGACAUUCUGCGCUCUGUUAGCGAGAUUGCUGGACUCACCGCCAAACUCGCUGAACUUCGAAGACAGGGUAAAGGUAACACUCCUGAAGCCAGACUGCUGGCUAAACAGAUCGGCACCGCUCUACAGAACCUGCAGGCCAAGACCAACCGUGCCGUAGCCAACAUGCGGCCAGCCAAGGCUGCUGUGACCCUAGAGGGCAAGAUGGAGCAGGCUCAACGCUGGAUCAACAACCCCAACUUGGAUGAUCGCGGAGUGGGUCAGGCUGCUAUUCGUGGCUUGAUAGCAGAAGGCCGCAGGCUGGCUAACUCUCUGCCAGGGCCGUAUAGGCAGGAGCUACUGGCGAAGUGUGAGCGUGCAGAGCAGCUGAUGCUGCAGCUGUGUGACCUGGCUGCUCGGGGAGAGGGAGAAAGUCCUCAGGGUCGUGCCGUAGCUGCUCAACUCCUUGAUGCACUUAAAGAUUUGAAAGCAAAGAUGCAGGAAGCAAUGACUCAGGAAGUGUCUGAUGUAUUUAGUGACACUACGACUCCCAUCAAGCUUCUAGCUGUGGCAGCUACGGCUCCACCUGAGGCCCCCAAUCGGGACGAGAUCUUUGAUGAAAGAGCAUCGAACUUUGAGAAUCAUGCUAACAGACUGGGGGCCACUGCAGAGAAAGCUGCGGCUGUCGGUACAGCCAAUAAGUGCACGGUGGAAGGGAUACAGGCUACAGUGAAGUCUGCCAGGGAGUUAACACCUCAGGUUACAUCUGCUGCACGUAUUUUGCUGAAGAAUCCUGGCAACCAGGCAGCAUACGAACAUUUUGAGACCAUGAAAAACCAGUGGAUUGACAAUAUCGAAAAAAUGACUGGUUUGGUAGAUGAGGCAAUUGACACUAAAUCCCUCCUGGAUGCCUCAGAAGAAGCCAUCAAAAAAGACAUUGAUAAGUGUCGUGUGGCUAUGGCAAAUGUUCAGCCUCAGAUGCUGGUAGCUGGAGCCACUAGCAUUGCCAGGAGGGCUAACAGGAUACUCCUGGUGGCUAAGAGAGAAGUGGAGAACUCUGAAGAUCCUAAAUUCAGAGAGAUGGUAAAAGCAGCCUCAGACGAAUUGAGCAAAACAAUUUCACCCAUGGUAAUGGAUGCAAAGGCUGUAGCAGGAAACAUCCAGCAUCCAGGUCUACAAAAAAGCUUUCUGGAUUCGGCAUACAAGAUUCUGUCUGCUGUUGGGAAGGUCAGAGAAGCCUUCCAGCCGCAGGAGCCUGACUUCCCUCCUCCUCCUCCAGACCUGGAUCAGCUGCAUGUAAAUGACGAACAGGCUCCUCCUAAACCACCACUUCCAGAGGGAGAGGUUCCUCCCCCCAGACCUCCUCCUCCUGAGGAGAAGGAUGAGGAGUUUCCUGAGCAGAAAGCCGGGGAGAUGGUGAGCGAGCCAAUGAUGGUGGCUGCCAGACAACUACACGACGAAGCCCGCAAGUGGUCUAGUAAGCCCGAAGUGACAGACGAUCGUUUUGUGACCGCUGCGGCGGACGUAGAUAUAGAGGAUGAAGACGAGUUCACAGACAACGAGGACGAUUUCGAGCCUGAACUGCUUUUAAUGCCCUCCAAUCAGCCCGUUAACCAGCCCAUGCUGGCUGCUGCCCAGUCCUUGCACCAGGAAGCUCGCAAGUGGUCCAGUAAGGGUAAUGAUAUUAUUGCAGCAGCUAAGCGCAUGGCCUUGCUGAUGGCUGAAAUGUCACGUCUGGUACGUGGAGGCAGUGGCAACAAGCGCGCACUGAUCCAGUGUGCUAAAGACAUCGCCAAGGCCUCUGAUGAGGUCACACGACUUGCUAAAGAGGUGGCUAAGCAGUGCACUGACAAGCGCAUUCGCACCAACCUCCUGCAGGUGUGUGAGCGGAUCCCUACCAUCAGCACUCAGCUGAAGAUUUUGUCCACGGUGAAAGCCACCAUGUUGGGACGCACUAAUAUCAGCGAGGAAGAAUCAGAACAGGCUACUGAAAUGCUGGUACACAACGCACAGAACUUGAUGCAGUCGGUGAAGGAGACGGUGAGAGAAGCCGAAGCAGCCUCCAUUAAAAUCCGUACAGAUGCAGGAUUCACUCUCCGCUGGGUUAGAAAGACCCCCUGGUACCAGUAAAGCACCAGUCGCUUCCUUCCUGUUUUUAGUCUUUCCUUUUAGAACACCAAGACCUAGUGGCCUAAGAGGGUGAAUCUGAAAGGACACAUUGCGCUGAUGGACACUGAUCCUAAAUGUUAUGACUUCAUGCCUCACUCUUUGCUUUGUGAAGGAAUUAUUUUAUUAUUAUUUUGUGGUUCUUAAGGUUUGCUCGUGUCCCUUUAUUUCGCACUAUGUUUAAAAAGUAGGACUAUAUAGGAUGAAGAUUUUUUUUAAAUAUAUAUAUAUAUUUUUGGUAUGUUGGGUUUCCAGAAUUGACCCAAAUUUCAGGUAUAUAUACAGUAUAUUUUUUUGCAUGAAGAGUUUUUCUUUUCUUUUUUCUAUUUUGUAUUGAAAGACUAUGGGUCAACUUCGUGAAUGCUUCUUUCAUGGGGUCAUAAGGUUUUCAUAUUGAGAGUGUAUAUAUUUAUAUUUCUUAACGCUGUCUACACCUGAUUUAUUAAUUCUACAUUUCAGCCAAUUAAAAGCGUAACGCAAGAGAAUGUUCCGGCUUUACUCACUUGGGCUGAUUGUAUGAGGUACUAAUUCACCUUUUAAUGAAGCUUUGUUAUUUAGCAUCUAUUUUACAGAAACAAAUAUAUGGUUGAUGUUGCAACGAUUUUCUUUUUUUUUUUUUGCUAGUUGCCUCACAAUUUGAUGCCAAAGAUUCUGUUGGUUCUAGUUUUAGUUCUUAGCACUGUCUGAUAAAAUAAACAAAACAUUAAUGUAUUUGAGCUUUACUGAACUGAACUCUGGUAUGGAUUAUUCUGUUGGUAAAAUGUCACCAGACAGUACACUUUGUGUGUGUGUGACCACUGUAGAACAACGUUAAUCAUCCUGAAAUGACCUCAUUACAGUCAGAGUGGUUAAGAUGAAUCUCUGAAGCACAAUCAUGCAAUAGUUGAACUGUAAUUUUUGGUUAAUAUCAGAUAAACAUCAAAGCCUGUCUUAUUUUGCAGAACAAUAAGACUCUUGUCUUAUUGUUCUCAACCAUAUAACAUUAACAUUUUGAAAAGUAUAAAUGUAGAGCUAGUAAACAAUUGCAGCAUAACUCACAGUGCUUCUGUUUGAACAAAGGUUUUUGAGAAGCUGUUCUUCACUUCUUAAUGAUCUUGCACUAUUUUCCUGCAGGACGUAGAAAAAUGGAAAAGCCAACAGAAAUGAGUCAAAACUGUCAGAUGGUAACUCUCAUACGUUUGUGGUUCCAUGAUAUUUGGUGCAGCUUGCAAUUUUUUUUAAUUACUGCAUGUUUUCUGCAGAUUUGGGUCAAUACGCAUUGUGUGAUGUCAUCAUAACGUGUAUUUGGCCAAAGCCUCCUUAGAUUCACAUGUGGAAAACAUGAGUAAAACGAUGAUUAAAGUAAUUAAAUGUUUGUCUUUACUGGUAGGAGUUAAAAAGAAUCCUGUGCUUGUAAUUUCACCAUUUCAAGUAGUUCAGUAUUCCCAGUAGGAAACCAACACCACAAAACCUUCUGAAAUCCCGGAGUGACGGCAACAUGCAAAUGUAUUAACAUAGUCCCUAAAAUCAGAAAGAGAUGUAAUCUAUCGUACAGUGGAAACAAGAACAUUUGCUGAUUUUAUCAGAACAAAAGAUUCAUUUCCAGUAGCAAGAUAUUUCAGUAGAGACCUUUAAAUACAGUGAUGCCUCAGUUUAACAAUGCUAAGUGAAAUAAAUCAAACAAUUAGGUGCUUAUUUAUCCAAAGUUGUUUAUUUAGCCAAUACAGCUUGCUCUGAAGUGUUCUGUUUCUCUUAUACCACAGCAAUUUGUUGACAAUUUAAUUGUUUCAUUCAUUGAUAAAUGAAAUACUUUUCUAUGAUUAUAGUUACAUUAUAUGUUGUGGAACAUGUACAUGACAGGUUUGGUCCUGUCAUUACAUAAAACAGCUGGGAAUGAUAUUAUAGCCUGCCUUUUUUUCUUUUUCUUGGAGAAAAAAAACACGUCUGUGAACUUAAAAAGCACGCCGUCCAACGUCCUGAAGACUCUCCUAUUGUGGAAUCCCUCUGAAUGCUGCAGAAAACGUUCUGAAAGCAGCAAGUCCUUACAAAAAAGCUCCAAAAUAUCAACAAAAAUGUUUUUAAUCGGUUUAUUUUUGGCCUUAGAUUAUGUGGUGCAUCACCCGUAUGAGUUCCUUCUAAACGAGCUGUUGCUAUAGAAACACAUUUGAAGGAGGACAUUAAUAGAAACUUGAGCUUUGCCUUGCAGCUGGCAAUACUGUUAUAGAAAAGCAACCGGUGCUGAGUUAUUGUUAUUAUUGUUAAUAUAAUGGCUAUAAUGAUCUGAACUGGUGAACAUGAAGUCAUCAAGGUCAGAAUUUAAUGCUACAACUUGCUUACACAACUGAUGGACGUUGGCCUGAAAUGUCCUGCUUCCCUUUUUGUGUACGCUGAUUUUUUUCUCUACCUUUAUAUUUAUUACUAACACUAUUUGACAUGGGGGGAAAAAAGCCUUUCUCAUGGUUGCCAAGUUGAUACCAGACUUUUGUUCCUUGGCAACCCAAAAAUCUUCCCUACGCCCUUUUAAGAAAUAUUUGUGAUUCAUUUUAAUCUGUUUGGAAAAUGUGGGUAAUGAUUCUACAAGUCCCAGGUGGCUUGUUCACACCUAGUUAAACAUGCAGCAGAAGACGCACUGCCUAGAUAUUAUACUCAUUUGUAGAGGUUACGGAUAUGUUCAGAGCAAUGAUCAGUGCCUCAUUGUGAGUGUUUACAAGGCUGAAUUUUGUAUGUUUGUAACAGCAUGUUUCAAGUGAAGAAACAUAUGAUGCAUGAAUGUCUAGAUCGACACGACUGUUGGUGUGGUUUUAGUGUCCCAUAAAAUCUGCUGUGCCUCAGAUUAAUAAACUUAUUUCUUGACUUUU